AUGGGAUUUAGCCUCAGAUCAAGAUUACGGUUUCGCGGGCCUGCUUACAUAGGAUCCGAUAAUCUGUUUCCGAGGAAUCUUGCCAACAUGAAGACAAGAACACUCUUCGGAAUCUCCCUUUCUCUCAUCAUCAUCAACAUGGCUUCAAUCAUGGAGCGCGCGGACGAGAACCUCCUCCCGGCCGUCUACAAAGAAGUCAGCGAGGCAUUCUCAGCUGGGCCCGCCGAUCUCGGUUACCUCACAUUCACGCGAAACUUCGUGCAAGGCCUCUCGUCCCCACUUGCCGGCGUGCUGGCCAUAAAUUACGACAGGCCCACAGUACUCGCGAUUGGCAUCUUCUGCUGGGCCCUGUCGACUGCGGCUGUGGGGGCCAGCAGGUUCUUCCUACAGGUCGCCUUCUGGCGGGCUGUGAACGGGUUCGGGCUGGCUAUUGUGAUCCCGGCCCUUCAGUCUUUUAUUGCGGACAGCUACAAGGAUGGAGUGAGGGGGGCCGGGUUCGGGUUUUUGAAUCUGGUGGGGACUGUGGGAGGUAUUGGGGGUGGGGCUAUUGCUACUGUGAUGGCGGGGUAUGAUUUUUUGGGCGUGCAGGGAUGGCGGUGCGCGUUUGUGAUGAUGGGGGCUUUGAGUUGUUUGAUUGGGUUCCUUGUUUUCCAGUUUGUGGUUGACCCGAGGAGGAUUGGUGGAGGUGCUCAUGAUACGGGCAAGGUAUCCGAGAGGGAAAAUUUGGUAGAAAAUAGGAGUACAAGAACAGCAGCAAUAUGGUACGAGUCCUGGACAGCCAUGAAAACCGUGAUCAAGGUGCCGACCUUUCAGUUCAUUGUUUUACAGGGCCUCGUCGGCUCAGUGCCUUGGACAGCCAUUGUCUUCAUCACCCUGUGGUUCGAAUUAAUCGGUUUCGACCACAACAGCUCAGCCACCCUGGUAGGCCUAUUUGCGGCCGGGUGCGCCGUAGGCUCCUUCGUUGGGGGUGUGAUCGCGGACCGUUUGUCCCGAAAAUACCCCCACUCGGGACGCAUUAUGUGUGCCCAGUUCAGUGCUUCAAUGGGCAUCCCGUUCUCGCUAAUCCUUCUGCGGGCCAUCCCUCAGCAGGUGUCCAGCUACAACACUUAUGCCGUCACCCUCUUCCUGAUGGGCAUCACCAUCAGCUGGUGCGCCACCGCCACUAACGGGCCCAUGUUUGCCGAGGUGGUCCCUGCCGGCCACCGCACCAUGAUCUACGCCUUUGACCGCGCCUUCGAGGUCUCCUUCUCAUCAUUUGCUGCCCCUAUUGUGGGAAUUCUUUCGGAGAAGAUGUACGGGUAUGAUACCAAGACGGUGGACCCCGUCCUUGGGUCGGCCCGGGAGGCCAUGGCCCUGUCGAGGGGCCUGCUGGCCAUGAUGGUUGUCCCGUUUGGGCUGUGCGCCCUCUUCUACACACCCCUGUACUGGACGUUCAAGCAGGACCGAGAGAAUGCGAGGGUGGCUGCCUUGAAGGAGGCCGAGAUGCUAUGA